AUGGAUCCAUCCAAAUUAGAAAAAUUGUUCGAACAGCAGCUGAAGCUGAUGGAGAUGAUUACUCAGACGCACAUAUCUUCUCGAGUCCCAACUGCACCGACAAUUCCUGAAUCAGUUGAUGGUAUUACCAGUGGUAUUUCAGAAUUUCUUUAUGAUCCUGAUGCCAACAUUACAUUUGAUACCUGGUUCAGACGUUAUGAAGACCUUUUCAAAGUUGACUUUGCUGAUAGAGAUGAUUCGUGGAAGGUGCGUCUUCUUCUCCGUAAACUUGGUCCAUCCGAGUUGGAUAAGUAUUGCAAUUUCAUUCUACCGCAGAACCCACGCGACCGUUCAUUCGACGCCACUAUUCAGUCCCUUAGCCAACUUUUUGGUGAUCAUCACUCACUCUUCAGUACCCGAUAUCGCUGCUUAAAACUGGUCAUGAAUGAAUCUGAUGGCUUCCUGACCCACGUCGGCGUUGUUAACCGUGAGUGCGAACGGUUCAAGCUCAAGACCAAUUCAAGUCCCUAG